GGGGCAUUAGGGAUGAGUUAGGCUGGAAAGGAGGGUAUCUUUUCGAGGGGUGUCCCAUACUGUGACAGCCGAGAAGAGGCGAAGUGGGGGUGGCGAGGAAAGAGAAGGAGACGUCUCCUGAGGGAGGUCGCGUGUGGAAUCUAUGUGGAAGAAGAACACUGUAGGGGAAGUGCCCCUUGGGCGAGGAAGGGUCCCGGGACGCCGCGAAGGGGCCUGAUAGGGCCAUCUGGGGACCUGAGGUGGCGACCGGUAGGGGCUUGCGCUCUGGGGCGGUCGCCUUCGAACACUUCUCCGUCCGUCCAUUGCGGCGGUCGCCCUGGCUGCUGAAUAAAUGGUUUCGGAGUCAAAAGCAUCUCAUUGAAGACCUUGUCUCCGUCUGUAACUAACGGCUGGUGGAACUCUAAAGAGAGGGUGUCGCCUGGAUGUGGCUGGAGACGUUGGAACCCACCGCGCCCUGGGUAGGGGAAAGAUGCGCGGUGCAGGGUCCGUGGGUUCCUGGCUUUAUGCUGCCGGAUGAACAAACAUUCCCUUUCCUAACUUAGCAGUCACAGAGCUAUUUCCAAGAGUUGUUUUAAUUUCCUGUGUGAUAUUCCCAUUGGCCAUUUAACACUGAACGUUCUGUUUUUGAAUCAAAGGUAGUUGAAAUUUCUUGUCAGUAAGUUUAACAUUCUGUUCUUCUGCGUGAUGAAUUUUCUUUUGGAGAUUUGAACUGAAGCCUAUACGGAGGAAAUGUUAUUUUUAAGGGAAAUGAAUAGAAAUAAUCCACUUUGAAGAAGCCAUGGCAAAAUCAAACACAAAACAUAGACUUUGUUCUCGGGAAUCUUCAGUAUCUUCACUGCUGGCAAGCUGCAGCCUGAGUGGUAGUAAUUCCUCUAAUUCUGAUGGCUCUUUUCACUAUAAAGAUAAGCUCUACAGAUCUGCUUCUCAAGCUCUACAGGCUUAUAUUGAUGAUUUUGAUUUAAGCCAAAUGUACCCUGGUGCAAGCACUGGAAAAAUUAACAUUGAUGAGGGUUUUACUAAUAUGCCACAGUUCAACUAUAGUUACAAACCAAACAAUGCUUUUGAAAACCUUGAUCGCAAAAAGCACUCAAACUUCAUAUCCUAUAAAAGACAGACUACUAAUGACAUAGACUCUAUGAGCCUAACAACUGAUGAUCUUUUAAGACUCCCAGCAGAUGGAUCAUUUUCUUUUACUUACGUUGGACCAAGUCACCGAACGAGGAAGAAAAACAAGAAAUGCCAUGGAAGACUGGGUUCAUUGGACACUGAAAAGAAUCCAAAUUUUCAAGGACCCUCCACUCCCAUGGACAAAGAUAACUUAGUUACUCCUGUUGUAUGCACAAAUAUAAAUGGAAAGCAAUUUGGUAGGCUGAAAAACCCAAAACUUACCAAUAGGACUAAUAAUUGCAAGAAAUCGUCUUUCCAGGACAGUUCAGAACACAAUCUUGAAAAGAAUUAUCCAAGAUGGCUCACUAGCCAGAAAUCUGACCUUAAUGUUUCAGGGAUAACCAGUAUACCUGAUUUCAAAUACCCAGUCUGGCUCCACAAUCAAGAUUUGCUACCUGAUACAAAUAGUCAAAGGGUUUAUAAAAUAUUUAGAGAUGAUCAGUGUCCCCCUAGACGUAGUCAUCAGGCACAAGGAACUUCUCAGCUUGUUAAUAAAUUAGAUUUUGAAUAUUCUUUUGAACCCUCAAAGUUUUCAAAUUCCUUGAGUGAUGAUAAAGAAUUAGUUAAUGAAUACAAAUGUGAUUUUGAACAUAGCCAGUGUCAAUGUGAGAAUCCGCUUCUCCCAGGACAAUCCACACAGCCGUUCAGUGGUGACAAAAUUGAAUUGCUUAUCUUGAAGGCCAAGAGAAAUCUAGAGCAGUGUACUAAAGAAUUACCAAAGUCUAUGAAAAAGGAUGACAGUCCUUGCUCAUUAGAUAAACUUGAAGCAGAAAGAUCAUGGGAAAACAUUCCUGUUACUUUCAAAUCUCCUGUUCCUGUUAACUCUGAUGAUGGUCCUCAACAAACUUCAAGGGCAAAGAGUGCUAAAGGAGUUGUUGAAGACUUUCUAAAUGAUAAUCAGAGUUGUACUCUUUCUGGAGGCAAACAUCAUGGUCCUGUUGAAGCCCUGAAACAAAUGUUAUUUAAUCUUCAAGCAGUACAAGAAAGUUUUAAUCAAAAUAAGACCACAGAGCCAAAAGAAGAGAUUAAACAAGCUUCAGAAGAUGAUUUCUCUAAAUUACAGUUGAAAGAAAGUAUGAUUCCUAUUACUAGGUCACUUCAGAAAAUAAAUAUAAUAAUAAAUGGAUCAUUUGGAACAUUACUACAGAAAUCUAAAGGCUUUGCACCAUUUAUCUCGCCUGAGAGACCUGGUUGAUGAUGCUAAUGGAAAAGAGUCACCGAAAACGUGAAGAGGAAAAUGAAACUGUCACCAAAAUAAAUAGUCACCACAGAACAAAUAUUUUUUUUCUAUUACAUAAACUGACAAAGUAAAUAUAAGCCAUAUAUUAUUUUGUAAUUGGUUCAAUGAUUAUGUAUUUCUGAAACACUGAACUUGAAAAUACCCAUAGGUUUUGUGACCUGUUUUUAUUUUGUGCCAACAUAUUAGAAUGUGAGCUCCAAAGACCCACAAUAUAUCCUAAAGUCUUACUUUCGUCUUCUGGCCAGCGAAUGUCUAAUAUUUAAAGAUGGAUGACUUCUGUUCUUGAAACCUGUGUGGAUUUUAACCUUCUUCAGCAUCCUUAACAUUUUAUUAUCUGGUUCAGGAUCAUUAAGAAACUUACUGGUUUUUAUCCAAAAUCUCUUACGUUAAAUAGACUUUUUUUUUGGAUAUAGUUAGUGUCACUUUAAACAGCUUAAAGGAAUAUCAAAAUUGUUAUUGUAUAUCUCAUCUAUAUGGAAGUCUGUUGCUUUUAAGUUUUCAUAAAUUUAAUAUUUAAGAUACAUUGUAUUUGAAAAAUUACAAAUAGUGGAGCGAUAUUGUGUUAAAAGGAAUUCUAUGCUGUGACAUUCAAGAGAAUCUUCUCAUUUAAUUAGUACUUUGAUUAUAUAUAAGAUAAUCUUAAUGUUUAACAGUUUCCAAAACCUUUUUGUGGGUAUAUUUAAGAAUUUGAUAUUUUGAUACUAGAUGGUUUACCAGAUUUUAAUUUUGGGAUUAGCUCAAACUAGUGAAAAUUAUGACUUAAUGACCAAUUGCUUUAUGAAAUUUGGUAACUAAACUUAAAAUGAAUAUGGAAAAUCAGAAAGCACCUAUUAUUUUAGAGCUAUUUUGUAAGAGUUGUGCUUUCUCUAACACAAUCUAUAGUCUUAAGUUUGUCUCUAGCUGGAACUGAACAAAGCUCUACAAUUUUUCAGUUUUUAUCAAGCACUUAUUAAUCCUUAGAAUUAAGUCAUAGAGUGUAACUAAUAUAGUACAUUACAGCCUGAUAAAGAAUACUAUGAAUAUAUAUAACUACUACAAAUUAACACUUCACUCAGAUGAUAGCAUUUUUGCUCAGUAGAUUUAUUGUCAAAUAGGAAUUUCUAAGCACAUUGUAUCAAAACAUUUUUUCCAAACUAUUAAAGCAUCAUUUAAUAUAUUUGUUAGAAGUGACAUGUCAAACUCUACAGUGAGCCCUGUGGGUUUUUUGUUUGUUUGUUUGUUUGUUUGUUUUUGCCAGUGAGUGUUUCACCACACUGCUAUGGCCAGUUUGAGAGGCAGUUACCAAGAGGUUUGUUUUGUUUGCCCUGUGGAGAUAUUUUUGCCACUGACAUUGUUUUCUGAUUAUAGUCUGCUUCAUAGAAAAUAGCCUGCAUAAUCAAACAAGGAACUACUUUGAAGAUUAAAGUAUACCUGGCUAUUAAAAAUACAGAUUUUAUAUGGUAAACAUCAGGUAGGUCUGGGUGGGUUAUGUUCUAGGCCUAGCAAACUCCUCUAUUAGACAAGUUCUGAAGAAGGCAGAGAAUAUAAAGGCAUCAGGUGGUAACUUCUAAUUGUAUGUUAAUUUUAUGUUGAUCAUACAUAACAUAUACUAUGCCAGGAAAUUAUAAUGACUGAAAAGCACCUAUUUGGUUAGUGCUUCUAUCUGUGAGAACAUGACAUAUCUCCAAUACUAAAUGAGAUAAGCCUGUUCUAAAAUCUUACAGCCAAAUUUUAAGAAACUUGAUUAUGCUUACGAAAGGAACAUUGUUUUCUCGUUUUAAGUAUGGAGAGGUUUAAUCCUUUAUCUAAUAAAGGAAUUAAUUUUAGCAAAAUGAUUCCUUCCAACAUUUUUAUAAGAAAUAUCUAGGAGAGUCAACAGAGAAAAAUAAAAUCUAAACUGAUAACUAUUCAAGACAUUCCCUAAAUAAGAGAUUUAAUUACAAGCUUUAUAUCUCAGGGUCCUUUUUAGGAUUCCAGGGGAAAAGAGCAGAAUAACAGUAUGGAGACUGCUAAGUUGAGAAUUUAAAACAAAUGAGAACAUGAGAUUUUAAAAGCUGCAUUGUGAAUAUAAAAUUUUUAUCAAUCCUUUGCUCUUAUUAUUUUAGAUAUAUUAAGAAAAUAGAAGAAAUUAAGAAAUUUUAAUAAGAUGUUUCAGAUCGUUGAGUCUGAAAAUAUAAAAGUUUAGAAGCCUAAUUUCAAAAACUAUUUGAGAUCAAGGGACAAUGUUGUCACCAAUAUGAAGAUUCAAGACUGAACUGUAUUGUCUUCAUUAUCAAUAAGAACUUUAUUUUCAGUUUUUUCUCCGACAAUAGAGAUUUCUGACCAAAUUAAGGAACACUGUUUUCUUGGGUUUGUUUUGAGUAUAUGUCAUUAUAGUUAUGUUCUUUCUUGUUAAAAUGUAUAAUUGUGGGAUUUUUGUAUUGUUUAGUAUUUAAUGGUGUAUACUGUGUUGUUAAAUUAUAUGUGGUUAUACCAAAAUGUUGCCCGAAGAUAAAUCAUGACAAGGUUCCCUGUUUAUUCCUGUGUUUUAAAUACAUAGAAUUGCUCUUGUAGAUUUGAAUUUUUGUUUCAUUUUUUUCUGUCCCAUCCAUCACUCUCCGUAUCUCAGCACCUUUUUGGUAGAACUGCUAUCCAGAAGUGAACUUGCAAAAAGGCAAGUAGCAUGAAAGGAGACAAAAAGAAAGCAAAAGACCAAUACAGUGGAUAAUUUCUGAGCACUUGAAGUUUCUUCAAAAGUGCAAGACUGUGUGUCUUCCUAUUAGAUGUAUAAAUUGGAUAUUUCAUGCCUAAUUGAAUGUCGUAUUGGAUUACAGUGCCUAUCAUAAAGCGAUUGGGAUAAAUUGAGGCCUAAACCUGAACACAUUGUAGAGCAUAUUGUUAGAAAUUUUUCCUGUGAUAUUUGAAGUUAUUAUUUUCCCAUUUUCUUUUCUUUUUUUCUUUAUACAUCAUAUGUCCCUAAGAUUGUUUUCCUGUUUUGG